AGGCAUCAAAUUGAGACACAAUUCUGUAAAAUACGACGUUAUUCUUACAUUCUAUUUAAAAAUACACAUAAUUAUCCGUUUGUGUGGAGAUAGUUUAUAGAAUAUAAUUUAUUCAAGUUUAUACUGUAAUUUAACGUAUUCUUAUUUUGUAAUUUGACAAAACAGUAAAAAUCCGUAAAAUAACUCCUUCCCGUCACAAAAUAUUGAGUAACAUUCAUUUUUUUACAAAUCAGUUUGGGGGUUUUUUUUAAAUGAAUUUUUGAUAGAAGUAAGACAUGUGACGUCUUUAGGAGAUGAAACUCUGAUGGCAGCAGUCAGAGUGAGCUGGACUUGUGAAGUUAUUUUUUUAUUACCGGUUUUCUUCUCCAACAUGUCAGCUCUGCUUCACACCCGAACCCUUCCUCAGCUGGACUCUUAGAUUUAUUUCAUCUCCAACAUCUACUAUCUGACCGGACCAUCCAACACCGAGCUUUCAGUCGUCAGUUUUUAAAAACAUCAAAAAAACUUUCCCACAGUCCUUGAACUCCUCAUCAGUGAGGCUCAGUUCCACCAGAAGACAUCCAGAAAUCUUGAAUCCUGAUGUGAACCUGUUAACGUUCACAUCUCAGAUCCUCUCUGAGGGAUUUUCACCAGCUGGGACCUAAAAAUGGUCAACAGGCCGUCAAAACCCUGAAACUCCAAAACUGUUGUGUUAACUCUGCAGAUUUCCCGUUUUCCCUUAUUUUGUAUUUUGGCAGUGCCGUUUGUUUUUUUUUUUAAAUGAAUUUUUGGUAGAAGUGACACGUGAUGUCUUCAGGAGAAGAAACUCUGAUGGCAGCAGAGUGAGUUGGACUGGUGAAUUUAUUUUUUUUAUUACUGGUUUUCUUCACCAACAUCUAUCUAACCGGACCAUCCAACACCAUCAUGGGCUCCCACCACCUGUCCAACCAGGAGGUGAGGCCUCAGGUGAUGGGUCUGAUCCUGAUGGUGGCCUCCUGCCUCAUCGUCUCCACCAACCUGCUGGUGGCAGCUGCUCUAUUCAAACUGCUGCUGAAGAAGAGUAGCCAGAGCUGGUGCUUCGUCCUCAACCUGGCGCUGGCCGACACCCUGGUGGGCCUGGCCAUCACCGGCCUGGCCACCGAGGACUUCACCAGCAACGCCUCCCACAACCGCCCCGUGGGCCCCGAGGGCCCAGACGACCUCCUGGCCAACGCCACGCCGGCCGCUCAGGGGAAGACGGAGUGUUUGAUCCGCAUGGCCUUCGUGGCAUCGCCCUGCACAGCCUCCAUCCUGUCCAUGUUCCUGAUCUCGCUGGACCGAUACGCCGCCAUCAAGAUGCCGCUGCACUACUCCCUGCUGUCUGGGAGGGGAACUGCAGCCGUCUUCCUCCUGGCGCUGUGGAUCACCGCUGUCAUCGUGGGAUUUUCACCAGUCAUGAUCCAGCCGCUGCAGGCCGAUGAAACCUACGACGGCUUCUGCGCCUUCUUCUCCGUCAUUGACAAAGUGGGCAUCAUCGUGUUGUUCAGCUCCUGCUUCUUCCCCGUGCUCUGCUUGUUCAUCUACAUCUACCUGGACAUCCUGAAGAUCGCCUGCAGCCACGAGAAGCGGAUCUGCAGAGUCUGGCAGGCCAGCUCCAGGAUGGAAGACCUCCACCAGCAGCAGCAGCAGCAUCUGAGGAGCUGCUACUGGAGCCACGUCAAGGCCCUGAGGACGGUGGCGCUGCUGGUGGGCUCCUUCUUCUUCCUCUGGUGCCCCUUCUUCGUGGUUUGCAUCGUGCACGUGGUGUGCACGAGCUGCGAGCUGAAGACGCUGCUGGAGAACCACCUGUGGCUGCUGGGUCUGUCCAACUCCCUGAUCAACCCGCUGGUCUAUGCCUUCUGGCAGCGGGAGGUUCGUCUGCAGCUGCUCUCCAUGUUCUCCGGCAUUAAGGGCCGCUUGGUGACUGCAGGACCUCCAGGAGCUGCAGAAAGAUGCGACUCGCAGCCUCCGGUGCAGACUCAGGCCUGCGUUUCUGCAGGAGAUACCCACAAUCCUUCACUGCUGACGGCCAGCUCUGAGGUCCACGCUGUGCCACUCUCCGCUACGACCGGCUUGUGACAGAAAC